AUGGGCGGCGCGGGGUGCCGUCCGGAUGAAGAAGACGUGUGUGCGACGCUGCUACGCAGCCUCCCAGCGUCGUUCGAAGGUUUGGUGCAGGCGUUCCGUAUGAGCGUCGGCAGGUUCACGUACGGAGACGUGAUGAGUCGAGUGUUGGCGGAGGACAUUAGACAGAAGGAGCAAGGCCGCAUAGAAGAGGAGACGGCAAUGUUAUCUGGAAGAGGAAGACAAGAAUGGAAGAAGAAGACAUUCGACAAGCGUGGGAUCCAGUGCUAUCAGUGCGGAAAACGCGGUCACUUUAAGCAAUAG